CUUUCGAUGACUGCUCACUUCCACCAUCGGAUUACCUUCGUGAUGCAAUGACGAUGGUUCACCUCGUUAGAUGCACAGCGGGAGGGUCCGAGCGCCAGUUCCUUCCGAGCUAUCGAUAGCGACUUCGGAAAGGAAAUCACGCCAACACGCAUACGUCAAUGUGGGCGAAAUCCGUCACCGCUGCCGCGCGAUACAGAGUGCUGCACAAACUCCAAACAAGCAGACCCUUCCUCCCUAGCCUUCGAGUAUCCAAGAUGCAUAUCCUGAUCACCAACGACGACGGCCCUCCCUCGGACCAGUCCUCGCCCUACGUGCACUCCCUGGUGUCGACCCUCCAAUCCCACGGCCACACCGUCUCCGUCGUCCUCCCGCACACGCAACGCUCCUGGAUCGGCAAAGCCCACCUGGUCGGCCACUCCAUAAAACCGACGUACUUCCGGCCGUCGCCGCUGCAGGUCAAGAACGGGCGCCUCUGCAACAGCGGCACCGUCUCCACGCGGCCGCUGCCCGAAGACAGCACAGAAGAAGAAUGGAUCCUCGUAGACAGCACGCCGGCGUCGUGCGUGCAAAUCGGGCUGUUCCACUACUUCAAAGCGCGCGGGCCGAUCGACCUCGUCGUCUCGGGCCCGAACUACGGGCGAAACAGCACAGCGGUGUUUAGCCUGUCGUCCGGCACGAUAGGCGGCGCUAUGGAAGCCGCCGUGUGCGGCUACAAGUCCAUCGCGCUCAGCUACGCCUUCUUCGACCGCAACCACGACGCGAGCAUAAUAUCCGGCGCGUCGGAGCUCUCCGCGAAGCUCAUCCAGCAUCUGUAUGCGCACUGGGAUCCCGCCACGCACCUCUACAGCAUCAACGUGCCGCUCGUCGAGAAUGUCGGACGCCGCAAAAUCCUCUGGACGCAGAUGCUGCAGAAUGCGUGGAAGAGCGGGUCCUGCUUCCAGGUGCUCGAAGUGCCGUCCGAAGACGACGAUACCGCGAGCGAUAUCGAGGCUCAGAUACGGCGCGCCGAGGAGAAGCUGGGCCGGAAAGAGUUGCUGGGCAAGGAUGGCGGCACUGAAAGCGGGAGGGAGACGCCGUCGGGGCAGGGGCACAUACGGUAUACACAUAAGCACUUCAAGUGGGCGCCGAGGUUUAAGGAUGUCUAUGAGAGCGUGGAGCAGAGUGAACCUGGGAACGAUGGGUGGGCCGUUGCCCAGGGGUAUACGAGCGUGACCCCCCUGAGGGCGAAUUUCAUGCAUGUCAAUGGCUUUGAGGGCGAGAUUAAGUUGGAAGAGUAGAAUCAAAUUGGCACUGGGGGCAUCUCCGUGUAUACAAAAGUUCCCGGGAUAAGAUUAUAGACGGCGCAUGAGCAUCACCUACGCGUACAUGACUGAAUGAAUGAAUGCAUGCAUACUCCUCAU